CUCCGAAGCGCACUUACUAUAACGUAGGACAUGGUUGCUGACCUUGUCUUGCUCUAGCAACUCUGUAUUGUGCUUUGACAAGCGGCUGUAACGCAAACCUUGAACUUGACCGCAUAGAGCCCAAACGACUUCGCGCACGCGUGCACUCCACGGCCGCUAGGGCCAUCUGGACAGCCCCAAGCACAGAUGGGCUGUGGAGCUAGCAAAACGGAGCAGCCGAGCAAGCCGGAGCCAGCUGUGCCUAAAGAGCCAUCAUCUCCUGCGAUGGGCGGAAAACCCAGCAAGCCUCAGCAGCAGGCGCCGAGCGCGCCAGCGCAAACAGAGGAGAUUGCGCUGCCGCCCGUGCCUGGCAGCCUACCCGCCGAUGCCCAGAUCGUGUUCGUGCUCGGCGGCCCCGGCAGCGGCAAGGGCACGCAAUGCGACAAGAUUAAGGCCGACUAUGAGUGCGUGCACCUCAGCGCCGGCGACCUGCUGCGCGCUGAGGUGAAGAGCGGCAGUGAGGUCGGCCUGAAGUGCGAGGCGCUGAUGAAGGAGGGCAAGCUCGUGCCGGUGGCUGUCACGCUCAACCUGCUGAAGCGGGACAUGAUAGCCAGCGGCGGCAAGUUCUUCCUCAUCGACGGCUUUCCGCGCGCGCUGGACCAGGCGGCGCAGUUUGAGAACAGCAUCAUGCCGUGCAAGACGGUGCUGUUCUUUGACUGCCCGGAGGAGGAGAUGGAGAAGCGCCUGCUGAAGCGCGGGGAGACCAGCGGCCGCAGCGACGACAACGCCGACACCAUUCGCAAGCGCUUCCACACCUUCCUGGAUCAGUCGCUGCCCGUGAAGGACCACUACCUUACGCAGGGCAAGUGCCACGUGAUCAGCGCUGUGGCGGCUCCGGACGAUGUGUACGGCAAGGUGAAGGUGGUGCUGGAGGGCUUGCACGCGCCGAAGAAGGCGAGCGCAGCGGCGACGGCACUUGCAGCGGCCCCGGCUGCUUCGGAGGACAUCGCGCUGCCACCUGUGCCCGGCAACCUGCCUGCCGACGCCCAGAUCGUGUUCGUGCUCGGCGGCCCCGGCAGCGGCAAGGGGACGCAAUGCGACAAGAUUAAGGCCGACUACGAGUGCGUGCACCUCAGCGCCGGCGACCUGCUGCGCGCUGAGGUGAAGAGCGGCAGCGAGGUCGGCCAGAAGUGCGAGGCGCUGAUGAAGGAGGGCAAGCUCGUGCCGGUGGCUGUCACGCUUAACCUGCUGAAGCGGGACAUGAUAGCCAGCGGCGGCAAGUUCUUCCUCAUCGACGGCUUUCCGCGCGCGCUGGACCAGGCGGCGCAGUUUGAGAGCAGCAUCAUGCCGUGCAAGACGGUGCUGUUCUUCGACUGCCCGGAGGAGGAGAUGGAGAAGCGCCUGCUGAAGCGCGGGGAGACCAGCGGCCGCAGCGACGACAACGCCGACACCAUUCGCAAGCGCUUCCGCACCUUCCUGGAUCAGUCGCUGCCUGUGAAGGACCACUACCUUACGCAGGGCAAGUGCCACGUGAUCAGCGCUGUGGCGGCUCCGGACGAUGUGUACGGCAAGGUGAAGGUGGUGCUGGAGGGCUUGCACGCGCCGAAGAAGGCGGGCGUGACUGCGACAGUUUCGGCUACUCCUGCUGCGGCUGCUUUGGAGGAGUUUGCGCUGCCGCCCGUGCCCGGCAGCCUGCCUGCCGACGCCCAGAUCGUGUUCGUGCUCGGCGGCCCCGGCAGCGGCAAGGGCACGCAAUGCGAUCAGAUCAAGGAGGAGUAUGAGUGCGUGCACCUCAGCGCCGGCGACCUGCUGCGCGCUGAGGUGAAGAGCGGCAGCGAGGUUGGCCAGAAGUGCGAGGCGCUGAUGAAGGAGGGCAAGCUCGUGCCGGUGGCUGUCACGCUCAACCUGCUGAAGCGGGACAUGAUAGCCAGCGGCGGCAAGUUCUUCCUCAUCGACGGCUUUCCACGCGCGCUGGACCAGGCGGAGCAGUUUGAGAGCAGCAUCAUGCCGUGCAAGACGGUGCUGUUCUUUGACUGCCCGGAGGAGGAGAUGGAGAAGCGCCUGCUGAAGCGCGGGGAGACCAGCGGCCGCAGCGACGACAACGCCGACACCAUUCGCAAGCGCUUCCACACCUUCCUGGAUCAGUCGCUGCCCGUGAAGGACCACUACCUUACGCAGGGCAAGUGCCACGUGAUCAGCGCUGUGGCGGCUCCGGACGAUGUGUACGGCAAGGUGAAGGUGGUGCUGGAGGGCUUGCACGCGCCGAAGAAGGCGAGCGCAGCGGCGACGGCACUUGCAGCGGCCCCGGCUGCUUCGGAGGACAUCGCGCUGCCACCUGUGCCCGGCAACCUGCCUGCCGACGCCCAGAUCGUGUUCGUGCUCGGCGGCCCCGGCAGCGGCAAGGGGACGCAAUGCGACAAGAUUAAGGCCGACUACGAGUGCGUGCACCUCAGCGCCGGCGACCUGCUGCGCGCUGAGGUGAAGAGCGGCAGCGAGGUCGGCCAGAAGUGCGAGGCGCUGAUGAAGGAGGGCAAGCUCGUGCCGGUGGCUGUCACGCUUAACCUGCUGAAGCGGGACAUGAUAGCCAGCGGCGGCAAGUUCUUCCUCAUCGACGGCUUUCCGCGCGCGCUGGACCAGGCGGCGCAGUUUGAGAGCAGCAUCAUGCCGUGCAAGACGGUGCUGUUCUUCGACUGCCCGGAGGAGGAGAUGGAGAAGCGCCUGCUGAAGCGCGGGGAGACCAGCGGCCGCAGCGACGACAACGCCGACACCAUUCGCAAGCGCUUCCGCACCUUCCUGGAUCAGUCGCUGCCUGUGAAGGACCACUACCUUACGCAGGGCAAGUGCCACGUGAUCAGCGCUGUGGCGGCUCCGGACGAUGUGUACGGCAAGGUGAAGGUGGUGCUGGAGGGCUUGCACGCGCCGAAGAAGGCGGGCGUGACUGCGACAGUUUCGGCUACUCCUGCUGCGGCUGCUUUGGAGGAGUUUGCGCUGCCGCCCGUGCCCGGCAGCCUGCCUGCCGACGCCCAGAUCGUGUUCGUGCUCGGCGGCCCCGGCAGCGGCAAGGGCACGCAAUGCGAUCAGAUCAAGGAGGAGUAUGAGUGCGUGCACCUCAGCGCCGGCGACCUGCUGCGCGCUGAGGUGAAGAGCGGCAGCGAGGUUGGCCAGAAGUGCGAGGCGCUGAUGAAGGAGGGCAAGCUCGUGCCGGUGGCUGUCACGCUCAACCUGCUGAAGCGGGACAUGAUAGCCAGCGGCGGCAAGUUCUUCCUCAUCGACGGCUUUCCACGCGCGCUGGACCAGGCGGAGCAGUUUGAGAGCAGCAUCAUGCCGUGCAAGACGGUGCUGUUCUUUGACUGCCCGGAGGAGGAGAUGGAGAAGCGCCUGCUGAAGCGCGGGGAGACCAGCGGCCGCAGCGACGACAACGCCGACACCAUUCGCAAGCGCUUCCGCACCUUCCUGGAUCAGUCGCUGCCUGUGAAGGACCACUACCUUGCGCAGGGCAAGUGCCACGUGAUCAGCGCUGUCCCUCCCCCAAAGGAAGUGUACGGCAAGGUGAAGGCGGCGCUGGACGCUAUGGGCGCACCCAAGAAGUCCGAGGACAUCGCGCUGCCGCCUGUGCCUGGCAGCCUGCCUGCCGAUGCCCAGAUCGUGUUCGUGCUCGGCGGCCCCGGCAGCGGCAAGGGCACGCAAUGCGACAAGAUUAAGGCCGACUACGAGUGCGUGCACCUCAGCGCCGGCGACCUGCUGCGCGCUGAGGUGAAGAGCGGCAGCGAGGUCGGCCAGAAGUGCGAGGCGCUGAUGAAGGAGGGCAAGCUCGUGCCGGUGGCUGUCACGCUCAACCUGCUGAAGCGGGACAUGAUAGCCAGCGGUGGCAAGUUCUUCCUCAUCGACGGCUUUCCGCGCGCGCUGGACCAGGCGGAGCAGUUUGAGAGCAGCAUUAUGCCGUGCAAGACGGUGCUGUUCUUUGACUGCCCGGAGGAGGAGAUGGAGAAGCGCCUGCUGAAGCGCGGGGAGACCAGCGGCCGCAGCGACGACAACGCCGACACCAUUCGCAAGCGCUUCCACACCUUCCUGGAGCAGUCGCUGCCUGUGAAGGACCACUACCUUGCGCAGGGCAAGUGCCACGUGAUCAGCGCUGUGGCGGCUCCGGACGAUGUGUACGGCAAGGUGAAGGUGGUGUUGGAGGGCUUGCACGCGCCGAAGAAGGCGGCUGCUGCGGUUUCAGAGGAGAUUGCGCUGCCGCCUGUGCCUGGCAGCCUGCCCGCCGAUGCCCAGAUCGUGUUCGUGCUCGGCGGCCCCGGCAGCGGCAAGGGCACGCAAUGCGAUCAGAUCAAGGAGGAGUAUGAGUGCGUGCACCUCAGCGCCGGCGACCUGCUGCGCGCUGAGGUGAAGAGCGGCAGCGAGGUCGGCCAGAAGUGCGAGGCGCUGAUGAAGGAGGGCAAGCUCGUGCCGGUGGCUGUCACGCUCAACCUGCUGAAGCGGGACAUGAUAGCCAGCGGCGGCAAGUUCUUCCUCAUCGACGGCUUUCCACGCGCGCUGGACCAGGCGGAGCAGUUUGAGAGCAGCAUCAUGCCGUGCAAGACGGUGCUGUUCUUCGACUGCCCGGAGGAGGAGAUGGAGAAGCGCCUGCUGAAGCGCGGGGAGACCAGCGGCCGCAGCGACGACAACGCCGACACCAUUCGCAAGCGCUUCCGCACCUUCCUGGAUCAGUCGCUGCCUGUGAAGGACCACUACCUUGCGCAGGGCAAGUGCCACGUGAUCAGCGCUGUCCCUCCCCCAAAGGAGGUGUACGGCAAGGUGAAGGCGGCGCUGGACGCUAUGGGCGCACCCAAGAAGUCGGAGGAGAUUGCGCUGCCGUCCGUGCCCGGCAGCCUGCCCGCCGAUGCCCAGAUUGUGUUCGUGCUCGGUGGCCCCGGCAGCGGCAAGGGCACGCAGUGCGACAAGAUUAAGGCCGACUACGAUUGCGUGCACCUCAGCGCCGGCGACCUGCUGCGCGCUGAGGUGAAGAGCGGCAGCGAGGUCGGCCAGAAGUGCGAGGCGCUGAUGAAGGAGGGCAAGCUCGUGCCGGUGGCUGUCACGCUCAACCUGCUGAAGCGGGACAUGAUAGCCAGCGGUGGCAAGUUCUUCCUCAUCGACGGCUUUCCGCGCGCGCUGGACCAGGCGGAGCAGUUUGAGAGCAGCAUUAUGCCGUGCAAGACGGUGCUGUUCUUCGACUGCCCGGAGGAGGAGAUGGAGAAGCGCCUGCUGAAGCGCGGGGAGACCAGCGGCCGCAGCGACGACAACGCCGACACCAUUCGCAAGCGCUUCCGCACCUUCCUGGAUCAGUCGCUGCCCGUGAAGGACCACUACCUUACGCAGGGCAAGUGCCACGUGAUCAGCGCUGUGGCGGCUCCGGACGAUGUGUACGGCAAGGUGAAGGUGGCCUUGGAGGGGCUGAGCGUGGUGAAGAAGUGAGCGGUUCUUGAGAAUUGUGACCAGUCGGACUGAGGGUGAAGUAUUUCGGGAACACAUGGAUUGUACUGUGUGAAAGCGUUUAUGUAUUGUGUUGGGUGCCGUGAGACGGUGUACUGCAGCACGCUUUCGUGAUGACUACGCGGUAUGACUGCGUGACGCUUGAACUUGGCAGCAGCCCGGCAUCACGCAUAUCAGUAACUUGACGUUCGACCAGCAUGGAGGGUCACGGGCGGCCUAAUAGCAGGACUUGCUUGUAUCAAAAGGGCAAUGGGGGUACCGCAACAUCCGGCACUAGUGCCCAUUCAUGUUAAUUGUUUGUGAGGCUAGGCGAAGACUGCAUGAGUUCUUCAGGAUGCAUGCAGACACAUUAAGCUGAUGGUAUUGCAGUGUGGGAAUGCAGACGACUGCGGAGCGCUGAUGAGCGGAGCGCAGAAAUGGUGCAUGCACUCUGCUCAGCAACAGCCCCCCGUGACUGGCUGACGUCUAGCAAAGGCUGCGGAAGCCAUGCCAGUGCACACAAAUGUAAGUGAUCAGUUGU